AUGGAUCCUCUAAGCGUUGCGGGGUUGACAAUUGCGGUCUUCGAUCAACUAUGGAAAUUGGGUGACCGGACAGCCGAUCUUAUCGCCAAUUUCAGAGACUUUGACAAUGACUCUAGGAGCAUGGAGCACAAAAUUAAAGACGAGAGCAACCAGACCAGAGCACUUCAGAUGCUCCUUUUCGAGUCAUCAAACAUCUAUGACGGUCAAUGUCUUUUCGAACAGUUCGACGUGGACAUUCAGGAGGAGAUCCGAGUACAGCUUGAGCAAGCUUCAGAUGUCUUGGACCGAGCCUAUCGCAUCCUUAAUCGUCCUUUGAAUGCAUAUCUAGGAGUCUCACCAACUCCUAGUCAUGACUCGUUAGUCCUGGGAGAUACACCUACUCGGAGACCAGGAUCGUUUCAGCGAUUUCGAUGGUCUCUGAUGGAUAAGAAACGAGUGGAGGCUAUUAUUCGAGACUUUGCUGACUCAAAUGACCGAAUACAUGAGAAUCUCAAGCUAUGGUGCCUUGGUACCUCUAUAGGCGUUGACCUGAGACAUCUCAAGAGGCUCGAGACCAAUAUCAACUCUCAAAAACUGGGUUUUGAUGCUGAUGCCAGACUUCAGCUAGCUACUGGCCAGAAAAGUCCGAUUCCGCAAACUCUGGAGAUAGACGAACUAGAAUUGCGUCAAGAGCUCCUCAACGUCGAACCGCUUGCGGAGUGCUUUGGUGUACUGACCUGGAAGGGCCAGAAUAUCAUGGCUGAGUACAGGUCGUACGCUGCGGAGUCGCCAGUGCCAGUUGACAUUGAUAAUCGCACGCGGGAUUUGGUUGAUAGACUUGCAAACCUCCUUCACCAACCGAAAGAGGCUCUCUUUCGCACCCCGAAAUGUCAGGGCUGGGUCAAGCAGAUGCAACAGAACAGGGUUGUCUAUCUUUUUAACAUACCACAGACAGUGGAGCCUCUGCCUAUGCGGCUGCUGGACGCACUACAGUCUGAUAAGAUCCCAACCCCUUCGUUGAGCCAAAGGUUCCACCUUGCAUCAAAGCUGGCGAAAUGCAUUUCGCAGCUUCAACUAGUCAAAUGGGUUCACGAAAGCUUUCGAAGUGAAAACAUAAUCUUCUUUCGCAAAGAAAACAGUACUUCGAGCGAAGAGGAUUGUCUAGACCUUACCGAGCCUUGGAUAUUCGGCUUCGAGUUCAGCCGACCAGAAGCCUACUUCUCUCAUGGGGUUGAGGAUACAUGCUUGGGACGAAACAUCUACAGACACCCCAAUCGACAGCUGAAGCCAACUCAGGUGUUCAGCAAGAUCCAUGACAUCUAUGCUCUCGGUGUAGUUCUGCUCGAAAUUGGUCUUUGGCAACCAGCGACCAGUCUGGAGAAACACGGCUUUGCGAAGGUUCGUGACCCACAGGCGAUAAAAGAUAGAUUGGUAUGUCAAGCGGAGAAACGACUGGGCUCUAAGAUGGGGGAUAAGUACAAAGACAUCGUACUCAGAUGUUUGGAAGGGAGGUUUGACAUAGUCGAUGAUACAAAGGAGGACCUCAAACUACAGCAGGCAUUCAGGUCAAAGAUAGUGACCGUGUUGCAAAACGCUGCGGAGAACAUCUAG